AUGGCGGACGAAGAUCCAGACUCUCUCACCCAGUUAAUCAUAAACCCUAAUUGGAGAAAACCCAUCAAUGGCCGCUUACCUCCAGACUCACUCACCCAAAUCUGGGCUCGUCUUCCCGUAAAAUCCCUCUACAAAUUCCGAUCCGUUUGCAAACUCUGGAAUUCCCUCAUUUCUUCGGACCCUCUUCUCUCCGAUCUCCGCCACCAAUUCCACCACUCAAUCCCGCCGCCACCGCCGCCGAAUCUCAUCCUCUUCCUCCGCCACCUCCCGGAUGAAUCGGUCAAAGUUCCCGAUCGCCCAGUUCAUCUCUCAAUCCGACCCUUUGAAGAACUCUUCCGGGUUGACCGUGACCCGAAUACCCAUUCCAUCAAAAACGGGUUUACCCCUUAUGUUGAUUUCUCUCUCCAAUUCUUUCCAUCAAAGGGUCCAAUUGUUUGCUUUGUUUCUGAUCGGUAUUUUUACCUUUGUAACCCUAGUACUCAGGAAUUCCUUCGUCUUCCUCCGGGGCAAAAUGGUAAUUCCAUCACCUCAAAUGAUGGAUUUGGGUUUCUGGGUGAUGAGAAUCGGUAUGUUCUUGUUGGGUUAACCGGUGAAAAGUGUGAAUUUUUUGAGUUUGGACCGGGAUUAGCCGGUUCCGGUUGUUGGCGACAAAUCAAACAGAGUUGUCCUGUUCAGGUGAAGCGGUUUGGGUUAAUGGUUAACCGGGAGUUUUACUGGACCGUUGAUAAUGGACCGGGUUUUGUGGUGUGUUUGGAUGUUAAAGAGGAAGAAUUUAGGGUAAUUCAACCACCUCAAGGAAAUCUAAAUGAGGUUAUAUUAUAUGAUUUGUUAUAUUUGGUUGAAUUUAAAGGGUGUUUAUGUGCUGUUGAUAAUUUUUCAAUUGCUUCAAGAAUGCAAAUUUGGGCGUUGAAUCAAAUUGAAGGUGAAUUUAUUUGGAAUAGAAAGUUUAACAUUUUUAUAUCUGGGAUGGCUAGAGAUGUGGUGUAUCCAUUUUGUGAUUAUGAGGGUGAAAAUGGGGGAGAUAUGGUGUUGUGUAAUGAAACAAGAAGCAGGCUUUAUAGUUAUAAUUUGAAGAACCGGAGUAUUAAGCAGCAUUAUGUUUUGAGCAUUGAGCCUUUGUUUCUCUGUACAUUGAAUUCGAGAAAUAACAACAACCCUCUCAAUGUGGACUUGUGUGAUCAGUUCAUUUUGGACAGGACAUAUGCUCUGUGCUCAUCUGUUCCUUCCGAUUUGCUUACAGCAACCGCACGUAUAGCCUUUGACAUUGCAAGUUUGUGUGGCUCCGAUGCCAAUGGCUAUGCUGUGACUGUUGAGCCAUUAAUUUCAUGUCAAUUGCUGGACUACAUUCUUUAUUGA